AUGUCAGCAAAGCCAACUGCGGAUGCUUCCAAAGCCACUCAGAUCAAGGCUCCUGUGCCUGGUCGGCCUGUUUUUGGCUGCGAACACGUCCAACUUCUCAUGACCCAAAACAGGGACAUCCAACAAACAUCAAUCUCACACUACAAGGCCAUCCUGCGCUGCAUAUUCGAGAACCCUCCAGUCAUACCAGAGACUAGUGUUGCCGCAAGUGGCCAAAAUGUUACGUCUUUGACAUCAAACUAUCUGUGUCUUCAAUGCCCCCAAAUCCUCGGCGUGGAAGAGCGUCUGGAACAUGGCAAUAAAAAAUCCCACCGCUUUUACGUUGACUCCCGCAACGGAAUGCUGUACUGCCAAAUGUGUGAUGACUAUGUCUGGGACCCAACACUUGAAGAGCUUAGAUUGAGAAAGAUAGGCGCCGGGACCUUUACUCUACGUAAGAGGAAGCGCGACGAGCUGUCUCCAGAAGCUGCCAAAGAAGAAGCUCGCUAUAUUGCGCUCAAUACCAACCAGGUGCCGUGCAAGGCUACUGGGCUUCGCGGAAUUUACAACGCAGGGGCAACAUGCUACCAGAACGUCAUUCUGCAAAGUUUUCUACACAAUCCCUUUCUUCGCAACUACUACCUCAGCGAUGGCCAUCAAAGUGGCGAAUGCCAAACUCAGUACUGCAUGAGCUGCGCAAUGGACGACAUAUUCCAGGAUUUCUAUUCACAAGAGACCACAAACGGCUACACAGCAGCCAACAUGCUUUGUGGCUUUUGGUCGUUGGAGCGCAAAGCUUUUGCAAAUCUGGUCACGACAAAGGAGCAAGACGCACACGAGUUCUUCCAGCUUCUGGCCGAAGAAUUGCACGAGCGCAACGGCGACGGGAAGCGCCCGGAGAGUGGAUCCGAGCACUUGUGUGACUGCAUUAUACAUCAGACGUACUACGGCAAGCUACAAAGCAACACAACGUGCCAAGGUUGUGGAAGCGUCACAAACCAAGUGCAAUCCUUCCUCGACUUGAGUCUUGGUCUGGAUUCCACCCAGAAGAAGAAGAAGCUCGCCGGGACCAAGUCGGAAGGCGGCAGCAAAGGUGCUUCGUUGUCGUUGCAAGACUGCUUGGAGGAAGAGUAUGUCAAAUCCGACAAGUGUGAGUACCGCUGCAAUAAGUGCAACUCAACACAGCAGGCCAGGCGGAACACAAGUCUGAAGCGCUUACCGAAUGUGCUCUCAAUACAAUUAAAGCGUUUUGAGUACAAGCAAGGGCGUCAUGACAAGGCGGUCAAGGUUGAUACGCCCGUCAAAUUCCCGUUGCAGCUCAACAUGUUUCCCUAUACAGACCGGGGUCCCAGCACCGAGUCCAAGGAAAACUAUGAACUGGCCAGGACAUGCCAAUAUGAUCUCUUUAGUGUCGUGGAACACGUAGGAGAGAUUGACACUGGACACUACACCUGUUACUGCAAGGUCCAGGACCAGUGGUUUGCAUUCAACGACCACAAGGUUGAAAUGGCCUCCGUUUCCCAGGUGCUGUCAGCCAAGGCCUACUUGCUAUUCUAUAUCGUCAGGUAUAUUGCCUGA